AUGUCGGAAAAGAGGCAAUGUUGUGCUGUGAUGAGGCUUAACUUGGAUUGCAAUGCUUGUUGUAGAAAAGUAAGGAGGAUUAUCAUCAAUAUGAAAGAAGUUGAUACUCACAUGAUCGACAAAAAAGAACGCCAGAUCAUCGUUUGCGGACGAUUUAGACCGUCGGAUGUUGCAGUUAAACUACAGAAGAAGAUGAAACGUAGGGUUGAGAUUCUCGAGGUUGAAGAUCUCGCCGGCGGCCACGAAGAAGGAGACGGAGGACAAGAGCACGAGCCACCAUAUGAAACGACGUAUGAGUAUUCAGAACAACCUGAUCACAUGACCACACCAUUGUUGUGUUAG